CUCACUUUUGUUCUCAGCAGAGGUGCGGUUGUCUCUGUGUUCUCCAACAUGAGGUCCUCCAGCAGUAUGGUGAGCUAUUCCACGCAGAUCCCCAGGUAUUCCCAGAGCGUACAUUUGCCACAGCGGCAGUCGGCCAUGAGCGGUAGCUCAUUCAUCCUGCGCUCCGCCGGUCGCAGUGGCAUGAGCAUGGCCGGUGGUGGCUAUGGCUAUAGCUCUGGCCUUGGCUUUGGCUCUGGUUUGUCUGCCGCUUCGCUCUCGUUGCGAGGCGGCGCCGGCGGCUUGGUGGGCGAUGAGAAGGGCACCAUGCAGCACCUGAACGACCGCUUGGCCAACUACCUGGCGACGGUGCAGCGCCUGGAGCAGUCCAACCAGGAGCUGGAGAAGGAGAUCCGCGAAUUGUCAGCCAACACUGUUGUCCAAGGGUUCGACUGGUCGGUGUACGAGCAGACGGUCAAACCCCUUCAGAAGCAGAUACUGGACGCCACCCUGCAGAACUCCCAGAUCGCUCUGGAGAUUGACAAUGCCAAGCUGGCGGCUGAGGACUUCCAAAACAAGUGGCAGACCGAGCAGAUGCUACGGCAGUCUGUGGAGAGUGAUAUUGAUGGCCUCCACCAUCUGAAAGAGACCUACCUGCAAUUACAGGGCAGCCUGGCCAAUGACAUCUCUGGGCUGGAGGACGAGAUUGCCUUCAUGAAGAAGAACCACGAUGAGGAGCUGAAACUGCUGCAGCAACAGAGGACCCAAGAGGUUCAUGUUGAGGUGGACUCUGCUCCGGCCGUUGACCUGAAUGUAGCCCUGGCAGAGCUCCGGGAGAAGUACACCACCCUCGCUGACAAUAACCAGGCAGAGCUGGAUAAGUGGUACCGUGAACAGCUCUCGAUUAAAGAAGUAGAAGUGACUCAGAAUGACCAGGCUCUCACCGGUAUUAAAACUGAGAUGUCUCAGCUCCGACAUCAAACACAAAAUCUCGAGACCGAAUACAAUGGCUUACUCGGCAAUAUAAGUGCACUGGAGAGCACCCUGGAUCAAACAGAGGCCUCAUUUGACAAGCAGCUUCAGAGUUUGCAGUUCCAAAUCAGAAGCCUCGAGGGCGAGCUGGGAAGUCUCCGGAGUGAGCAAAUGCGCCUGAAGGGCGAAUAUGACAAGACCCUUAACAUCAAGAUGCAACUGGAAGCUGAGAUAAAUCAGUACAAACGUCUACUGGUUGGCGGCAACCAAAGCAUGGCAGCUGGUGAAUUAUCCGCUGGCCUCGUAUCUGGAGGGACUGGCACAGGAAGUAGUACGAUAACCAUCAAGACCACUGAAACCAGAGAAAAAAUUGUUUCAUGAAGAGUCUGCAGCAGAGGGACUUCCGAGGAGCCUGGAUAAAGGCCCCCACAACUCCUGCUUGCUGCUGGGAUUCCUGGGAUGUGGGCUGCCCUCUGUCCCCUGCCCUUUUACUCUUCACUUUCUGCUUCAGAUAAACAUGGAUGACGGAGCCAGAUGUCCUGUAACUCUCUUCAAGCGGAGUUGCAGUGCUUCCAACAUGGUUGCUAUGGAGACAGCAGCCUUCAUCCUCAGCUGUCCUCACUGAAAGAGAGGCACUGCCAAUCCUACCUACUUCCCUCCUGAACCCAGGUCCAGCCCGCGACGGCUGUAGGAAAACACGGUGUGACUGUUCCUGGGGGCAGAGCAUGUGAGUGAGAUGCUGGCCUGUCUGGGCCCAGGAUAGGGCUGAAGGCCUUGUGUUGUCCGUUGUUCCAUACUUGUCUUGGUCGCUUUCAAUAAACUUCUGCCUGAACCAUAAUGCUGUCAUGUAUCU